GGUUACUUGAAGAACUGUAAGGCCUGUCCCGUGCUUCGACAUUCUUGGUCUUAUCGCCAAAGUGCCUGAUAAAAAUGUUGCAUUGAUUUGUUUGUGUUUUGUGGACACCUUAAAUGACGCGGGUUUUCUUGCGAGAAUUGGUCUCCGAAGAGAGAAAUUAAAUUCAGGCAAAGCCCCGCCAUCUUGUCUUGGACAUCGGCCACCAUCUUGUUAAAGGUUACAAAACAGCCAUGAUGGGACCCCAGGGUCGAGCCAAUGGCGUCACGUGCGAUGCUGCUCGUAACAAACGGCGCGAACUGAAGUGCGAAUCUGCCAAGCUAUCCUCUCUGAACCUGGCCCGCUACCAGACUUACCUCAACCGUGUAGAAGACACAGCAGCUGCUGAGGAAGUUGUCAGGACUCGAUCUGGACGGACGCUUCGAAUGAGACCUACAAGAUGCCGCUUGCAAGAACGGCCACGUAAGAAACGUCACGUUCUUCAGAGUAUGGCCAGGCCGCUCAAGAAAUGGCUAAUCAGACAUAGAGACAAACCGUACCCGACGAAGGCGGAGAAAGUGGCCUUAGCCAUGGGUUCACACAUGACAUUAGAACAGGUGUCCAAUUGGUUCGCCAACGCGAGGAGAAGGCUCAAAAACACCGUGUACAUGACAAACAUCAACUGGGGUGACAUGAUUCGGCAGUACAACAGUUGCAUAUCUGGAAAUUCAGAGCCCCUCAGUAUCAGCUCUGAUGACAGCAUCUGGGACAGCGAUGUUCCCGAUAAUGAUGACAGCAAUUAUGAUAAGGUCAACAAUAUGCCUCAACAAAUAGGCAUGAACAGUGCAGGGCACAACGAGCAUUCUGAACAUAGCUAUUCUACAGCCAUACUGCAUCCCGGUUUAGAAGCUGCAAGGCCUAACUUAAAACGACCCUGGGAAGGUCGUGCCAUAACAUCGGAGCAGAGCGUCAAGAGAAGCAAACUCAUGUACGAUUCCGAUUCCCCCAGUGAUGAAUCAUCAGUGCCAACAAACGAGGAUGACGUCACGGAUUGCCGCGACCAUUUCCUCGAGAGGGAAGAUAAGGCGCAGUUCCACCGCAGUGAAAAGAAGUGCAAGAGUGAGACGCCAUACAAGAAAUACAAGACUAGUAUGCUGUUGAGGUACAUUAAUGCAGACGAUGAAACACCAUCGGAGUCCUCAGAAUCUGCAAUUACCCUGACAUCCAAAAGGACAAAGCACACUCAGUCGAAGCAGACGCCAAAAGGCGAAAAGAGAAAAGUCGAAUCCAAGCCAAACCAAGACGCGCAAGAACCUGCGUCUAAGAAACGAAGCGGUGGAAACAGCGUACAAAAUAAUUCGGACCUUCACUGGACCGAGAUCGAAGCAGCCGAGGCAUUGACUCGCCUUUCCCAGUCGGGAUCAUCAUACGGAAAGAAAUUCUGCUGCACAUCGAUGACACCUGCAACGUAGAACAUUCGCCUUAGACAUCGUAUUCUUCUUAUAUGACCAUCUGUGAUACUGCAUCGCGAGCUUCGUAAUGCUUCUUUUUCCUUCUUCUUCUUCUUGACUUCCUCGCUACCUGAAAUAGAGAGUUUGGAGUUCGGUAUGUGACAAAGGGCAAGGCAGAGGUUAGACGUCCUGCGUCGUUCGAAUGCACGUUGGUACAUGAGAGGACUGAUGUUCUGAGGCUGUGACACAUAGAAAGGACAGAUACAUGCAAAGCCUCAAGUGCCUGAGAAAUUAACGAUGAAAGAUGGAAGUCACUGAAAAGGUUAGCCAGGCUGUAGGACUCGAACCCACAUCUUCUGGAUUCCGAGGGCGCGUUAUCUGAAGGGACAAAUCAACCACUCUCUCUCACACGUGCCCCUUUCAUCCAGAAGAUGUGGGUUCGAGUCCUGCAGCUGGCUAACCUUUUCAGUGACUUCCGUCUUUCAUUGUUAAUUUCUUCAUUGCACGUUGGUAAUUUAUUAGGAAAGCUUGGAUCGUGCACCGAGUGAAGGUUUAUCCCGGUUAAUUUAAAUUUUGCAAGUGACGUAGAUAAUGUGCGGUUGAUAUGCGAAAAGGAUUCCAUCUUUUGUGUCACCUAUUUCAAGGAACACGCGAAAUAUAACUACAUUAACGUCGCAGACGGCACGACACCCCACAAGUGUGUUCUAUCUUGAUGCAGAAGCCCCGCUUUAUACCUCCUCUCACCCCUUCGCACGUGGGCAUGCAAAGUCGGGAUGCCAGCCAAUCGCAAGAGGCGAUUUUAAACACAGUCUUGCUAUUGGCCCCGAGAUCGAACGGUGUCGGCGCGCUGCGGAGAAAUGAUAAACUACCGUAGUGUGGGUAGCUUCCUCGCGUCGUCUGCUUUUACACGUUUAUUUUCCGCGUUCAGUGCUUUAGGUGGAGCAUUAGGGAACCGAACAGUAUCGUAUCAUCGCGGCACAAGGUAUCUUCCGGUGAAUAUACACUAGAAUUACGGAAAAGAACCAUCAACUCCUAACAUCCGCCGGCGUGUAUCCACACUAGAAAGGUGACGGUGUCGUCCCCUAUGGGCGAUCUCGAUCUAGAGUGCUCUCUAUAGCUACGGCAGUCGAAAGCAAGUCGUCAUUGGUGGACUCUUAGUGUCUACGUCACGUCGUUUCGUCGUCACGUCGCUAUAAAACCGAUACCACUGUGUUCGGCAUCGGCCAAAAGUCUACCUGGCACUUUAUUUCGAAUUUUGGAAUAAAACGAAUUUUAAAGAUCAGCGCUAUCUCCGCGGCUGCAGAAGCGCCAGCGUGUGACGUCACUCCGUCAGCGAAGGAGUGAGAGGGCGGCGCGCAGAAGAGGAAAGGUGCCGCGGCAUUCCUUUUCUCAAAGGCGUGCCAUCAUUGGCCAGUUAUACAAUGACGUUUCUUCGUUUUUCCAGAGAGGGAAUUCCGGCAUCCUCUCAACAUCCGGCGUCUGCUCUUUGUGUCAUGUAUUCCGUCGAAUAACAGUGAAACUACACCAGUAUUUCGCGUGGUAUGGAACGGAUGUGACUAUCCCUUUAAGCUUGAGGGAAAAGAGAGACACAAGGCUGCGUACUUCGUGUUCUGUCUUGGAUAGAUGGAUGUAGAAAAAGAAUGAAACGUAUAGGUCGCGCCGGUGCGACCAUAGGUGCCCCAUGACGCUUAGUGAGUCUUACCACUGAACAUUUGGCACACUGAGUAUCUUCAGCCCAUAUGUCCUUGAUGUAGCUCGCUAGGGCACACAGCGCAGGUUGUCGGUGCUGCUGUGCUGCUCGUGCCAACUCCCCAUACCUUCUUGACGCUGAAGGGCCGCCGGUCUAGUUUAUCGAGGGCGUUCUUCAAUGUUUGCCGACUUGCGUCGACAGGUGACCAGCACGUGGCUUCGUGCCCUCCAGGGUUCCGCAUGUUGAACAAUAAGUGUGCGAACGACACCCUAUGCAGGAAUGCUGCUGCUAAGUGUACAUUUGGUCCUAGGCGAUCAACAGACGAUUUCAGGAAAUCCCAGUGCUCCUUGAGCACCCGGUUGCAUCCUGGGAGAUUACUGGAACGAACUGUCCUUCACGUUUCGUUUUCGCUGACCUUGACUCCUCGCGCACUAUCGGGCGAGAGAGGAGGAACCGCAGUUUGGAGACGUUCUUCUCCUUUGUUACCAGCAAGUUCCCAUAGUUCAAAGUGGCGUUAAGCCCUCUGGGAUUUUCUGAAGUCGUCUAUUACGCUCUCUAACGGCCGUGGCGUCUUAGAUGGGACGCAACAGGUGUAGUUCGGGUCAAUUCGUGUGAGGAACGACUGUUGCAUGUCUUCACAGAGCCACAAGGUCUUAGCAGAUUCCGUAAUAAGAUGAACAAAUAGCUUGCGUCACAUUUUGUGACUGUUAUGUCCUAUGUCUCUGUUCCCCCUCAAGCUUUGAGAAACGUUACCUUAUUGUGAGCCUCAGCUCAGCAUGCAUGCCGGUGAGCUGCUACGAGUGACGCGGGACGUCUUCACUGCCUGAGCCUUAUUGCUGGAAUGUGUUCCGAGCAGGUCUUGAUUGAGCUUUCCUUCGCCUAAGGCCGUAGCGCAUUGUUGCUGGCGAACUUGUUAUACUGUGAUACCGAGCAUUACGUUAGGCGUGCCAUACUACAGAUCAUACUGUCAGUGCGAUGUCAUUUUUUGUCUUGACUGUUAUUCUUACUGGCGUACAGCAGACUUUCGUACAUUUGCAGUAUAGCCUAUACGUCGAUUAUUGUGUAUUUCUGUGCUGGUUCAAGGCCUAAAUGGCCAUCUGUUGAAUGAUGUCUACAUGUUAUCAUGUCGGUGAAUGCGCAUGCUUGUCCUUUUGUGUCUAACGCUGCCUUUAAGGCGGUGGCGCUUGUUAAUUUAUUGGCUUCUAUUUAUUGUCCUCCAUCCUGCAUAAUCGGUCUGUAAUUUAUUUCCGUUCACUUUGUCAGACUGUAGUGCCAAAAUGGUGUGGACCUAGGAUACACGCGCUAAAACUGAGCCGCACACUUGCAAAGCACGGACAAAAGACCUACCUGCAACUUGACCUGUUUCUCUGCAACAGAAAGCGAACCGGUGGGCCAAUCGAAAGAAAUUGCUUUUUUACAUCAUAUCUGUUCGAUACCGCCUAUAACCUGCGCACCGUGUGAAUGAGUUAGAGCCGCUUAUUAUUUAAAUAAAAAUUCAAAUGAGUUUCGUAAAAAAACAAACAAACAAACAUAACUUCUAAAGCAGGGCGCCGUGAGCAUUAAAAUGGGUAGAUAAAGAAAAGAUCUUCCCGGAACAGCACCGCAAGCGGUACUGCCCCGACGACCUUGUUAUCGGUACUACCCCUUUUGGGACCUUCAGUGGACACCUUUUAGAGAAAAAUCUGCCACCGAAGCGGGUCAUUUGUUACAGUAAUUAAUUGGUUUCGGUUUACAUACUUUUGUCGCGGCUGGUCGCGGUGAAGCGCAAAAGGACGCUGUUCCACUCUCAUGUCCACCAAUGAAUUACGUCCUUUUGCACUUCGCCGCGACCAGCCGCGACAAAAAUAUGUAAACCGAAACAAAUUAAUUACUGCAACAGAUGGCCCGCUUCGGUGGCAGAUUUUUCUCUAAAGGUGUCCACUGAAGGUCCCAAAAGGGGUUGUACCCAUUUUAAUGCCGACGGCGCCCAGCCUUAGAAGUUGUUCUUUCACGAAACUCAUUUGAAUUUUUAUUUAAAUAAUGAGAGCCUCCAACUCAUUCACACGGUGCGCAGAACAGAUACUCGUAAAAAAGAAAGUUCUACGAUUGGUGCACCGGUCCGCGAAUUAUUUAGCCUGGAGUUUAACUGAAACACACAGCAGAUAAGCGUGUCCAGCAUUUCAAACUAGACUGGUGUGCGCGAGGCCGUGCACUGACCCAAGCAGCACAAUGUACUGAAAGUCGAGUGCAAUAGGGGUGGACGGUAUGUGUCUUAUCAAUGUUCUGUACUUUCAUGAAUCCGUUCAAGGCCUUUCACCUACCCGUCCACCCCUAUUGCACUCGACUUUCAGUGCAUUUUGCUGCUUGGGGAGUUGCGACCAUGCGACACACGCGGACAUGCCUUCAGUGGGACACAAGAAUUUCCUUUCUAGAUUUGUAUGUGAUAGCAGGCUCGGUAAUCUGUUGCUGAGUUACACUCGCAAGUCACGUGAUAUUAUGUCGCAUGCGUAGCUACUUUGUUACCGAAAGCUAAAGACGUCUUUUUAGCCUUUCCUGUUCCCGGCACAGUAUGCAACCGUUCCUUCAAUGCCCUCCUCUCACUUCUUCCACUCAGAGAAAACCUCUAGGAAAGUCGUGAAAGUGGCAAAAGUCACUGGCGUGGCUUAAAAGUCCGUAAACAUUUUGCUAUUUUCACAACUGGGAAGGCAUGAGACACGAGACGUUCGUGAAUUUGCCGUGGAAGCUGCAGAUGUCACUGGCGUGGCUUAAAGGUCCGUAAACAUUUUUGCUGCUUUCACAGCUCGAAAAAUCUUCCGUAGUAAUUUCUUCGACGGGGUUUUUGACACCGAUUUAUCUUCCCCUCUAUUUAUUAUCGGCGCCUUCUCAUUGUGUUAUCAAAACUUUUCCCAAGCAGCACAACAUCUUGGCCCAAUAUUGGUUUAAUAUUGGCAAUAGAGGGCCAAUAUUGGUCCUGUCUUGGCCCAAUAUUGGCAAUAGAGGGCCAUCAUUGGUCCUGUCUGGGUACCAAUAUUGGCAAUAGAGGGCCCAUAUUGGUCCUCUCUUGGCCCAAUAUUGGCAAUAGAGGGCCAUCAUUGGUCCUGUCUUGGUACCAAUAUUUGACAAUAGAGGGCCAAUAUUGGUCCAGUCUUGGUCCAAUAUUGGACCGGUAUUGCCAUUAUUUACCCAAGAUGUGCUGCUUGGGUUACCUACAUGAGUUCCCUUCUAAUGUGCUUGUGACAUCGAAGAGAAAAGGUCGCAUACUUUUUCUUUUUUUACAAAUGUCAAUUAGGGUAGACAGCUAAUGAGAACGAUAUAGGCUUGUUGCGGCAUGUAGUCGCGAAUGUCCCUGGCGUGGCUUAGAAGUCCGUAAACAUUUCGCUAUACUUUCGCAGCAGGAUUACCAUGUCGCUGACUGUCGUUGACAUGCUGUAAGUUUCCGUAAAUUAAAAUCUUCCGUACAAGAUACGAUACGUAACUAUAUGACCCAGGUGCUCGAGCAGCCUGCACAAUUUCGGCUACUGGUGCCACUUUCCGCUUGAACAAUUGGUGGUGGAAACAGCUAGCAACAAACCUAUAUAGCACCCUUCUUCAGUAACGCCCAACCAAUAGUGACAUCUUUGUUUUCUUUUAGAAGCCUAUACAUUUCUGAACACCCACCUUACACAUCGCACUAUCUCCAAGCAUGAUUUCAGUGUUCUUCCUUCUUGCCUUUAAAUAUACAGCUUCGUUAGAAUAGUUCCUUUUGUGUGGACUGAUGUGAAUAUGUCAGUGUAUUCAUUGUUUCUUGCCUAUGGUAAUGCAAAUAAAUUAUAGGUACCUGUUCGA